AUGAUGUCGGGGGCUCGGGCUGGCUUGGGCGCCCUGUAUAGGAACCUCAUCGGUAGUACGGCAGAGCUGGCAGCACGGAGCGAGCACAGGCGACAUAGAAAGCUAUAUCAGCUGACGAUGCGUGAGGAACAUGAGGAAGGGAUUCGCGAUUUUCUUCCACCUCGGCCGCUUGUUCCAGUUGGGUGGAGGAUGGAGCACGCAUCUGGAUCAAACCGUUUUGAUUUAUUCAAAAAUGUUGAAAUUCGUCAUUGCGGAGCUGAGGAGCUACAUGUAAUCACUUUGAUGGAAACGAAACAGUACGAGGGAACGUAUCGAAUGGACAACGGUGAGCGUGAAGAGCAAGAGUACCUCAACUUUGGCUUGUUUAUGCGCAAAAAAAGGUAUCCGGCAGGAGGACUUGAGUUUAGUCUCACUUCGAUCGACCUGGAGCUCGUGAUGGAUGCACUUACAAUUCAUCCUUCAGAAGAGGCGUUUGAGAGCGCAAAGGCGUGCUACGGGCACAAUGCUGCUUCUGGGGUAAAAAAGGAUAUGUACGGAUCCUCUGGUGACGCACACCGCCGGUGUGCUUCCAAAUAUAGAGGGCCAAUGCUUAGUGAGCUUGAUGACGACCUUUCCGACGAAAUUCUCGACUACCUAGAUGAGCGUGGAGUAAACAAUGCCUUUGCCGAGUUUGUCAUGGCUCAAGCCUUCUUUUUUGAGCAGGAGGAGUAUAUCAACUGGCUACGACUCCUGAGGAAGUUCUCUGAUUAG